CGCUCCCUCGAACCUGAACUACAAUGGGUGAUUCCGUUCACAAAAAUGCUUUGGAAGCAAACUUCCAAUACAAUAAUGCCACGUCCCAACGCCACACGACGCCGAGAAAAAGAAAUGAACCUGUCCGUUUAUCACCACCUUUCUCUAAUGUCCAUUCAAUAUUCCAACCCCAAAUUCUAUUCGCGUUUUCAACCCAAGUUCCCAUCUAUAACCUCAACUAUAUUCAUUACAUCUCUCGUUUGCCAAGAACCUCUCAAUCCUCCAACAUGCCUGCCUGCGGCUUCUCUGGAAACGCUGACAUGUAUGGCCUUGGAAUCCGCGUCGGCUUCUACCUGCAAUGGUACGGCGUUCUCCUUGCGUCCUAUCUCGACCUUGAGGAGGAGACUCGCGAGAUGCUAUUCUCCAACGCGCUCUUCGUGCUUGCCACCUUCAUCGCCCUCGUUAUCACUACCGCGCGCGACAGCUCUUCUCUCCAAGUCGUCGAAGUCUAUAUCAUCUUGCUCCUCACCUUCGGCGCGUAUGCUACCCUCGUCCCAGUCCACCUAUGGCGUCUCGCAACGGGCUUUAAAGCGCGCUGGGAUCCUUCGCGGUUUCCCGGUGUAGUAGCAAGCGAGAUGUUCAGUCUGCUCUACUAUCUCCUCCUCAUCGCCGUCGGCGCCUUCCAGCUUUGGUUCUGGUUCGCGUGGGUGCCGCAGCCCUCGCGCACUCCAGAAUGCCCGGAGUAUGGAUUCUUCUUCGCCCGGAUCCGGUUGAACGAGGCCACAUUCCGUGGAGUGAAUGUCGCCGUGCACCUGGGAAUCAUGGUCGUCUGCCUCGUGAAUCUCGUGGGUCUUCUCCGUGGCUGGGGGAAGUCGGGGAAGUCGAGGGAGCUCGUUGACGAAAAGCGCCGUAAAGUUCUCCGGAAGAUGAACCAUUGUGUCGACCUCAUCGUUAGGAGCGUUGUCAUAGUCGGGACCGAGCUGACAAUCUGGUGGAACGAAAUCCGGGAUAUCAACUCUGUCUCAACAGCUGCCCAGACAAUUGCUCUUAUCAUCGGCCUCGGGAGCGUUAUUCGCGUGUUGUACGUCUAUUUCAAGGAGAAUCACAAAGGCCGCUCCUGGUUAUGGAGAUCUGAAUCCGAAACGGAAACGCCAACGCACACCACGCUGAUGGCCGAUUUAACCCGGUUGAGACUAUGUUCGGCAGAAACUAAGCUGCCUCCAGGAUAUAAGUUAGUAAAAAAGGGUGAGGGUAAAGACUUCACUGUGGAAGUAAUUAAGGAUGAGGGUGAAGGCAAGACACCUGCAAGGAGAAAUGAGGAUGAGGAUGAGGAUGAGGGUGAGAUACGUGUAUUAAGUGACAGUGAAGUGAAAAGUGUUUAAAAAAAAGGGCUCGCGAUAAUGUCGGGGGGCAAACACUAUUGUCACAGGGUGUCUCUAACGACUAUCCAGCGAAUUUGAACUUUUUUUGUCAGGCGAGAGUCAUGUUUACCAAUUACUUUGUCAAACCUUAUCAAAAUUUCAAGA